UCCAGUGACCCCUGGAAAAAAUAACCUAGAAGAAGGUGCAGGUGAUUGAGAGAUCUGGAUCAAGUCUCAGAGAUGGACUACCAGCUGAACAGACCGGAUCAGUGUGAGUUUGAGGAAGUGGCCGUUUACUUCUCCGAGGAGGAGUGGGACUAUUUAAAUUAUGAAGAGAAGGAGCUUUACCGGGAUGUGAUGAUGGAGAAUUACCAGACCCUCAGCUCUCUGGGAAGGAUUCACAUGACGCCUUUGAUUAUAUCAGCGAUUGAGCGAGGGGAAGAGCCGUAUGUCAGGAGCCACCUGCAGGAUAGUCUUUUGAAUACUGGCCCAGGUUAGUAAUAAACAUGUAGGUGGUAUUAGGCUCCUUUCUGGGUCAGAGAUCUUGGCUUUUCUUUUUUCCAGGCUUCUCUACCUUCCUGAUCUCUGCAGGGGAACUGAAUUAUUGUGAAACUCUCCAUACAGCUCAGUGUGGUGAGAGUUUGCAGUGUUUAGUUACUCAUUAUGCCCCAGACAGACUCUGUUGUGCUUUGUUCCCAGGUUAAAGGGAGAGACUGUU